UACAGUGUCCGAGCAGCACCUGAAUGCAGCAGCCGCCCUCCAUCACGCCCACCCUCCCUCCUCCCUCCAUGCGGUUCACCUUGCCCAGUGAGCGGCCCGGCCCACAGAGCGCAGUGCCCGGGAAGCGGUUGAAAGUUGGCCGGCAGCUCGAGUGGGUGUAUGUAUGUUGGCUGUGACGGCGCGUGUGCGUCAGUGUGUCCCGCCGGUUGAAGCAUGGAGGAGUUGGCCAGAGAGAGCAUCAGCCUGCUGGCUUCAGCCUCAGCCAAGCCCCCGCUGGAUGUGACCGCCGGGCCUCGGCUCGGCUCCAUGGGUGCCAUUUUCAUCAUGCUGAAAUCCGCCCUGGGAGCCGGGCUCCUCAACUUCCCCUGGGCCUUCGAGAGAGCCGGGGGCAUCCGCAGUGCAGUUACCGUGGAGCUGGUCUCACUCGUGUUCCUUAUCAGUGGUCUGAUCAUCCUGGGCUACUCUUCGUCCAUCAGUGGCCAGUGCACGUACCAGGCGGUGGUGAAGGAGGUGUGCGGGCCAGCCAUCGGCCAGCUGUGUGAGAUCUGCUUCGUCUUCAACCUCUUCAUGAUCUCUGUGGCCUUUCUGGUUAUUGUGGAUGACCAGCUGGAGAAGUUGUGUGGGUCCCUGUAUGAGCUGGUAACUGGUUUGCCGGAGUCAGAAAUGCCAUACCACUUCUACACAGACCAGCGCUUCACUCUGGUGCUGCUCUGCGUCCUCCUCAUCCUGCCGCUGUCCAUCCCCAAAGAGAUCAGCAUUCAGAAAUACAUCAGUGUUCUGGGUACUCUGGCUGCGACCUACAUGACCACUGCCAUCGUCAUCAAAUACCACACCAUGCCAUCUGUUCUGGUUCACAUCGCCCCUCUCUACAGCAGCGGGAUCAGCUCCUGGGCCUCCAUGUUCAGUGUCAUCCCAACCAUCUGCUUUGGUUUCCAAUGCCACGAGGCGUCCAUAGCCAUCUACAGCAGCAUGGAGAACCAACGGCUCUCUCACUGGGUCUUCAUCUCCGUGGUCUCCAUGAUCUUCUGUCUCGUCAUCUACUCCCUCACAGGUGUUUAUGGGUACCUGACCUUUGGAAAAGAUGUGAAGGCCGACAUUCUGAUGUCAUACAGCGGUGAUGACGUUCUGAUGCUUAUCGCCAGGCUGCUGUUUGGAGUCUCCAUCAUCACCAUCUAUCCCAUCAUCCUGCUGCUGGGCAGAUCGGUGAUCCAGGAUCCCUUGAUGAGCUGGUGGCGGAGGCGGGACGGCGCAGUGAUGCCGGAGUUUGAAAGCCGCAGCCGCUGCUUGCUGACGGUCCUGUGGAUAACGGCUACGCUGCUCAUUGCCAUGUUUGUACCAGACAUCAGCAAGAUUAUUAGUGUCAUCGGAGGCAUCAGCGCUUUCUUCAUCUUCAUCUUUCCAGGACUCUGUUUGAUGUUUGCCAUGCAGUCUGAGCCGGUGUCCUGGAAGACCAGAGUCAUCCUGACAGUUUGGGGAGUGGUCACCCUGCUCUGUGGAGCCUUCAUCUUUGGCCAGAGCACCACCAUCGCUUUCAUGCAGGUCUUUGGAAAGAUCUGACUGCUCCUCCUCGUCCCUCACUCACCAAGGGGUUUUUUCAGGGACACUGUUGUGAUUAGAUCUUAACUGUCACUGGUAUCUGUGGCUACGAUGACAAGCCUUAAACGGAUAAUGGGCAGGGUGUUCUCGACAUGUUUGUCACAGUUUUUAUUUCCUCACUCUUUAACACUAUAUUUCACUUUAAUCGUGACCACAAUAUUCAACUAUCAGUAGUGAAACACAACCUUGUCAUCUAUGCCAGCAUGGUGCGGUAAACCAGAAAAGUUUUAAUCAUUUGCACAGUCUGCAAGUUACCACUAAAAUAUGAGAUGAAGGAGUUCAUAGUGGGAAUAUGUACAAGACCUGAUGGUAUCCACUGGAGAGCCACACACCGAGUUCAGGGGGACAUACUUAAAUGUUUGUGUGUAAAUAGGUUACAUCUGUUUUGUGUAUAUAAAAAAGCAGCUUUCUGGUAUUUGAUAUGUAUGUAAUGAUGAUGUGAUGUGUGAUGUAGUCAAGUUAAUAGUGAAUACCAAGUUAAAGAAAACAUUUGAAUAAAAUAAUUUUUAUAUGAAA